AGGACGCUCCUGCAUCUCGGUCCCAGAGUGGAGGGGAAGGUCUGGAAGCCUGUGUAGUCUGGGAAGGACCGCGGGAGGCGUGUUCCUCCGGAGUUUGCUUUUGCUUGGAAGUCGAGCGCACACCCAUUCCUCUGGCCUGGCGACUGUGCGGGGAAGGUGGGGAGCCAUUCUGAUUCACUGAAUCGUCUCUGGAGGUUGCAGGCUGGGCGAGAUCUCCCCCAAAGGGUUCCGGCCCUGCCGAGGGAGUUUCCCCCCAAGUCGGCGCAGUGCUGCAGCUGGGGCCACCCGCCACCCUGCGCGCCACCUUCCUUCUCUCGCUCCGGCUCCCUCUGGCCCAGGCGCGAACCAGGCACUGUCUGCAUCCGAGGAACCCCAAGGUGAAAGAAAGUGUAAAAACAACAGAAGACAUUUCUUCAAAUCCACAUUAAGAUGGAUACUUUUUGCCUCAAGGCAUCCUUUUGGCUGGCCCUGAUGGGAGGAGUAAUCAGUGACAAGCCUGAGAGAUACAGCACUAAUCUAAGCAGCCAUGUGGAGGAUUUCACCCCUUACCCAGAGACAGAGUUCAACUUCCUGGGUACCACUCAUCCACCUACUAAUUUGGCUCUGCCCAGCAAUGGCUCAAUGCACAGCUAUUGCCCACAGCAGACUAAAAUCACAUCAGCUUUCAAAUACAUUAACACUGUGAUAUCCUGCACAAUCUUCAUCGUGGGAAUGGUGGGGAAUGCAACUCUGCUUAGAAUCAUUUACCAGAACAAGUGUAUGAGGAAUGGUCCCAACGCUCUUAUAGCCAGCCUGGCCCUGGGAGACCUUAUCUAUGUGGUCAUUGAUCUCCCCAUCAAUGUGUUUAAGCUGUUGGCGGGGCGCUGGCCUUUUGACCACAACGAUUUUGGAGUGUUUCUCUGCAAGCUGUUCCCCUUUUUACAGAAAUCCUCCGUGGGCAUCACUGUCUUGAAUCUCUGCGCACUCAGUGUCGACAGGUAUAGAGCUGUGGCCUCAUGGAGUCGUGUUCAAGGAAUUGGGAUCCCCUUGAUUACCGCCAUUGAAAUUGUCUCCAUCUGGAUCCUUUCCUUUAUCCUUGCCAUCCCAGAAGCAAUCGGCUUCGUCAUGGUACCCUUCGAAUACAGGGGUGAGCAGCAUAGAACCUGCAUGCUCAACGCCACGACCAAAUUCAUGGAGUUUUACCAGGGUGUGAAGGACUGGUGGCUGUUCGGGUUCUACUUCUGCAUGCCCCUGGUGUGCACGGCCAUCUUCUACACUCUCAUGACCUGUGAGAUGCUCAACAGGAGGAAUGGCAGCUUGCGGAUUGCCCUCAGUGAACACCUCAAACAGCGUCGAGAAGUGGCAAAGACUGUGUUCUGUCUGGUCGUCAUCUUUGCCCUCUGCUGGUUUCCUCUUCACUUAAGCCGCAUUUUGAAGAAGACUGUGUAUGAUGAGAUGGACAAGAACCGGUGUGAACUGCUCAGCUUCUUGUUGCUCAUGGAUUACAUCGGUAUCAACUUGGCAACCAUGAAUUCUUGCAUAAACCCAAUAGCUCUAUAUUUUGUGAGCAAGAAAUUCAAAAAUUGUUUCCAGAAUACAGCCAUUUCUCGAUCAACUGUAGCUCUAUGCUGUCUUCAAACUUAACUAGUAAGUCCUAAGAUGGAAAAUCUACCAACGUGUGUGUGUGUGUGUGUGUGUGUGUGUGUGUGUGUGUGUGUGCUUGGAGCAUUUAAUAGGCUGUAAAUCAACAAGAGGAGAACCAUGCUUGUUAGCAGUUAUGGGAGAGGAAGUGGAGGCAGCAUGGGCCACCAGAUGAUCCCAGAAAGACAGUUAGGGGGAAAACAUCCUCUGCAUUCCUGAGACAGGAGAACUGAGAUUGGGGUAGAGACAGAACUAGACCACUGAGGGAUCCAGGUCUCUGAGGAGAGGAGGACACAGCAGGCACAGUGCAGAAGGCUGAGUCUUCUCUGCCCACAGCCAGCAGAGCCUGCUCCUUCGGCCAUGUUUCCCUAGGAGUCCCUGUCCUCUGACUCUAUUUCAGUCCAAGACAAGAAGAGAACUUAUCUGCAGUUUAAGAACACAGGCCAGUGAGAUGGCUCAGAAGGUAAAGCACCUGCCACACAAGCCUGAUGACUCAAGUUUAGUCUCAGGAAUCCCUGUGGACAUAGAGAGGGCCAACUCCUCAGAGUUGUUCUCUGAUCUCCACACACCCAUACAUGUGCAUCACCACCCCAUACAACAACAGCAAUAAUGAUCGUUUUUACGAUAAAAUAUUACUAGUACAUUGGAAAGAUAACCAGCCAAGUCACCUGCAUGAACACUUACUUUGCCUGAACCAACCCCUGGCUUGGGGUGGGGAUGGUAAGAACUAAUCUACAGCUGGGAUCAAAAAGGAUCUUAGAGACUGUCACUGCUGUCCAUGGACACCUCAGGAAACAACCAGAUGCCCUGGUCUAUUCUCUAUAUGGUGACCAGAAAAUGUGUGUGCCUACCUGUACAAGCAUGUCUACAUAAUUUUAUAUGAGAAGGAGUUUCUAUGUCACUCAAUCUGAGUUUCAGUGCUUGAGUUGAGGCCCCAAACCUCACACAUAGCAGGCAAGCAUUUGACCACUGAGCUACAACCACAAUUAAAAUGUUCUCAACAGUUGCUCACAGAAAAAGUAAGAGCAUUUGAUUACACAUGUAUGUUUUUUACAGGCCUGAGAGGAGUGAUAAACUUCCAGUUUGCUGAAGAUGUGUCUGCACAAUGAUGCCCUAACACCCCACAGCAGUCCACACUGGGGCUCUUCCUCAGGAUCCCAAGCACAUCAGUGAUGGUGCUGGGAGAGAUGAAGCCCUGAAACAGUCUGGCUUCCUUUAUCUGCACUAGAGAGUCUGUCAAGGGGUGGACUGUUUUCUAACUACCAUCCUCUCUCCCUAGACAGCACAUUCCCCAGUAUGUGUGAGCCUGGUAUUCAUUAGGAAGGGACCCUGGAUUUCUCUACACAGUCUCUGUUUCCCUGAUUCCAUGACACUUGUAGAUAUCCAAUAAAUCUGUUAUACAUUGCAAAGUUCCUUGGACCUAGCUAGGUAGCACAGUCACACAUGUCUAGUCUGCCUGAUAUCCAAGAGAUAUUUUCAACCAAUCCCCAGAGGGGUCAAAGGAGCUUCAUCUACUGGACGAUGAACCAGUCAAGGCAAAAUGAUGGUGUAAGUUCUGACCAUCACUCAUUAUCCCACCAGACUAGCUCAGUACUCCAGGGAGUGUUUUGUGGUUACACUUAUAUAAUCUCAACCAGGAAAUAUGAUAUGUGACAUACAAUUUUGCAAGCUCUUUCCUCUGUUAAUUAUACAGGACACAACAAGAAAAAGGUAGUCAGCUUAAAUGUUACCUCCUCAGAGGAGCCUUAUCUGACCACAUAAUCCAGUCACUCUGUUACAUCAUUAUAUCACUCUACUUUAAUUCUCUGCAUAGCACAUAC